GAAAAACCCUAGUGUGAGAAGAGAGAGCAAUUGGAACGCAUCAGCCUCCUCGGAAGCACCCCCUGUACCCUUUGAGGCGGAAAUCUCAGCUGCUCAACGACUCCGACAAGAAUGGCAACUGCGAGGACAGUCAAGGAUGUCUCGCCUCACGAGUUCGUGAAGGCUUACGCUGCCCAUCUCAAGCGAUCCGGCAAGAUUGAGCUUCCUGAAUGGACGGAUAUCGUCAAGACUGCACAAUUCAAGGAGUUGGCUCCCUAUGACCCUGACUGGUACUACGUCAGAGCUGCCUCCAUGGCUAGGAAGAUUUACUUGAGAGGAGGUCUUGGCGUUGGUGCCUUCCGUAGGAUCUAUGGUGGAAGCAAGAGGAAUGGAAGUCGUCCCCCUCAUUUCUGCAAGAGCAGUGGCGCCAUUGCUCGUCACAUUCUACAACAGUUGCAGAACAACAACAUCAUUGAACUUGACCUGAAAGGAGGAAGGAAAAUCACUUCCGGUGGUCAACGGGACCUUGAUCAAGUUGCCGGGCGCAUUGUGGUUGCUCCAUGAACAGUGGACUUUUGAGCACUUGAAGACCGCUAGCCUAUAUGGAUGCCUUUAGGGUUUUAAUAUUUUUAUUUAGUUCUAUGUGGCUACAGCAUAUUGUUUUAGACAAUUUUGGUUCAACUGCCGAGUACCUUCUGAGAUAAACGUGGUUGCUAUUUUGUUUACUUGAGUAGUUUUGAAAUAUUUUCUUAAUUUCCAAGUUUUUGUCUCCUCGAGUGUUUUCUAUUCUCAUGUGUAUGAACCAAAGCUUUAAAGUGACAUGAUUCCUACCUAGGACUUCUCAA